AUGGAGGACGAACCCAUCUUUAGCGUGUGUGGACACCCGGGGUCGUACGAUACGAGACGGAAGUCGGAUCGUCUGACGAGUGUCCACAGCGAGCGGCAACAACAGCUGGCGGAGGUUCAGACUCACCGAGGGCUCAACAGCCACCAAUUCAACAGCCACCAAUUCAACAGCCACCAAUUCAACAGCCACCAAUUCAACAGCCACCAAUUCAACAGCCACCCAUUCAACAGCCACCCAUUCAACAGCCACCAAUUCAACAGCCACCCAUUCAACAGCCACCCAUUCAACAGCCACCCAUUCAACAGCCACCCAUUCAACAGCCACCCAUUCAACAGCCACCAAUUCAACAGCCACCCAUUCAACAGCCACCCAUUCAACAGCCACCAAUUCAACAGCCACCAAUUCAACAGCCACCAAUUCAACAGCCACCCAUUCAACAGCCACCCAUUCAACAGCCACCAAUUCAACAGCCACCAAUUCAACAGCCACCAAUUCAACAGCCACCCAUUCAACAGCCACCCAUUCAACAGCCACCAAUUCAACAGCCACCCAUUCAACAGCCACCCAUUCAACAGCCACCCAUUCAACAGCCACCCAUUCAACAGCCACCCAUUCAACAGCCACCCAUUCAACAGCCACCCAUUCAACAGCCACCCAUUCAACAGCCACCAAUUCAACAGCCACCAAUUCAACAGCCACCAAUUCAACAGCCACCCAUUCAACAGCCACCCAUUCAACAGCCACCAAUUCAACAGCCACCAAUUCAACAGCCACCAAUUCAACAGCCACCCAUUCAACAGCCACCCAUUCAACAGCCACCAAUUCAACAGCCACCAAUUCAACAGCCACCAAUUCAACAGCCACCCAUUCAACAGCCACCAAUUCAACAGCCACCCAUUCAACAGCCACCCAUUCAACAGCCACCAAUUCAACAGCCACCCAUUCAACAGCCACCCAUUCAACAGCCACCCAUUCAACAGCCACCCAGCCUCCCUGGUUUCACGCGACACUCCGGUUCAAGAGGAAGGUUAA